AUGUAUUGAUAACAAGGCGAAACUUGCUGUCAAGAGACUUUCUUUUGCAGUGAUUGUUACUGUGUUACCAAUCAGCACUGUGAAUCGGUACCGUUGCGUGCCUGACCUUUUGCAAGUGAACUUCGCACAUACGUUUGCGUUCAGUGUCCGGCGCAUCAGUCUCUUAGCGCAUGUCGCAACGAAGUUCAGUGACGCUCCACGACUCCAGCAUACAACCUGAUUCUACAAUGAGUUUCGAAACAACCGCAUUCUUCGACUGGGCAUCCGGCACAGGUGCCUCCAUCUGGGAAGCUGUGGCACGCAACUUCAGCUAUGCUGGCCCCUUUGGUCCAACCGGUCCAAUUGGAAAGAGCAGAAACGGAACCGUGCAGGAAGAAAGUCGGCUUGAUCUUCUGCUAUCACCAACUCAGUUCGGUAUCGUUUCGGGAUUGGUACUGUUUUUGUUUUUACGACACAAAAUGAUCCGGUGGAGAGAGGAACACGACGACUUAAAGUUUACCAGUGGUGCGAUGGAUAUGCGGCGAGCCAUCUACACGUUCCUCGCGUUUCUUGAGUUUGUGUUAAUUUCGCCAUUGCUUGUUGGCGUGAUUCUGGUGUUUAAGUUCUAUCGCACGGCUAUCGAACUCGUGCUACGACAACGUCACGGAAACCACUUCAAAGGGCUUUUGGACGGAGCGGACGUUGUGUGGGCAAUCGAAAAUGAAAACUCCCGCGGAAUGAUCAACAUCCUGACACACGUUGAAGAACCGUCCGGUGGCCAUCACUCGACCAUUAGUGCAGAAAUUCUGCUCACCCUGCGUAAACGUAUUUCGUCACGGCUGAUGGGCUACUAUCAGCCCCAUCCCAAAAUGUUCUGGAAGCGCAACGUAGAACUGGGCUAUUACUUUUGGUCUGAUCAGUCUCAACUCACCGUAGAAGAUUACAUACGGUACCUGGAGCUCGUUCCGUUAUCGGAAGGGCAAUCGCACAUCGAGGAACACCAUUUGAGGACAUUGCUAAGUGCAAUCAACAACCGUAACCUUCCUGCCGCUCAUACUUCGUCCUGGGAAGUUCUCGUUGGCCGCCAACCGAUAAUCGAUGAAAGCAAACACAUUUUGAAAUAUCCGAUACUUUUCCGUGUCCAUCAUUCGCUGGGCGAUGGUGUGGCGCUAAUGCGUCUGCUGUUGGAAUCGAUCGUUGAUAGGGAGGUACCAUCACGCUGGAAAUACUUAUCCAAGCUUAAAGUGAUGAACAUCAACUACAUUCUUGAGAACAACAACACAUCGGCACAUCAAAAUCUAUACAAACAGGAAACUCGCAGCGUUCGUUUAUGGAAAAAGCUUCCUUCUGUCGCAGAUUUGGUAAUGCAGAUGGACCGGAUGCGACGGAUUCUGUGGACCAUUUAUACAGCACCGGCAUUUUUUCACGAUGUGUCGAGACGACAGGUGGAUAGUAAUUGCAUUCAUGCAACAAAAAUGUCGCACGAAAAGGUGGUCAGUUGGCUGUAUGAGGAAAACACCGGUCACACGAUGGUUGACAUCAUUAAACGUACCAAACGGCUAUUGCCGGGUACAAGAUUUUCAGACGUAUUCCUGGCGGCAUUAUCAUCCAGUUUGGAGCAGUACUUCAGGAACCGAUGCGACCAACUCCCCCCUGCUCAAAGCCUCACUGUAGUGCUUCCUGCCAGAAUCGAGAAAGAAUCUCCCCACUUGAAGCUACACAAUCGUUUUUCGGUGGCACUUCAAACAUUGCCCAUCGCAUCCGGUAUAUGCUUAGAGGACUCCAACCGCUGUCUCGCACUUCGAAAGCGCAUCCUUGCUAUAAAGAGCCAUUCGGACGCGUUACGCUCUUCGUCCGAUUACAUGAUAAACUUUUGGAUCAUGUCGAAAAUGACUUGUCUCUUCCCGGAGGCCAUCCUACGAAGGAUUCUCAAAAGCGCACACAGCACAAUAGCGAUCUCGAAUCUGCCGGGCCCGCAACAACUACCCCGCAUCCAAGGACGCGAACUAAAAAAUCUGAGUUUCUUCAUUCCGAAUCUAGGCACUACCGCCGUGGGAAUCACGCUCCUCACGUACGGUGGUAAGCUACAGUUGGGCAUACUUGCCGACAGAGCUGUUAUUGGCACCGAAGACGAAGCUCACAGCAUUCUGCAGGGGGCGGUCGAUGAGCUGGAAAAAAUGGGUCACUUGCUGACGGAAGGGCUAUGAGCCGGAACUGUUUGUGACAGCGUGCUUUUGUGCCUUUUGAAUUUUGGACUGCAGUAACACUUACCAAAUCUCAUUACUCCUGAUAAGCCUAACAAGGAAUGCAACCAACGGAACUCACAACCUCCUGGAAGCAUGUCCAAGAGACAAAAAA